AUGCGAGGUUUCGAUCGAUCGCUGAUAUCGGUUCAUGACUUAGUACUACUCUGUCACUCCCACUCGGGCGGCACUUCAAAAUCCAACAUCAAUUCUGGAAAGGUCUCGCAUCCCCCGAACUACAGCGAUGGAGUGGUCGUCGGUAUAUUUCUUUCGUGCUUACCGAUUCGCAUUCGUGAGACCCCAUGUACGUCACAAAACCACCAUCGGCAUGGCUGUCCACCUUGUAAUCCGGGCAGGUCGCGUCAAAAAGUUUCUCACUGUAUUCGAAGGCGCCCCAGAGGCAGCAGUGGUACCUCCCUCUCUGUGCGUUACUGACCCGAGAACGUCUACAAAUACUCACUUAUUCUCGCUGAAACCAGAGUCAACACGUCAUAGGCGAUGCGAUUUUCUGAACCACCGGUAUCACAACAGGCGCGAGACGAGCUUUGUGAAUUAGUUCGCCAGUUCUUACCCCUCAACGCGAGCGAAGGAGUAUUACCCCUUCGCGAAAUGAACCUCCGUCCGACGGACAAGGAAAGGUUAACGGACAGCGCCAACAACUCGACAGCCACACCACCGACACAGCUAGAGCCAAGCGUAAGAUGGGACAGCUUUUCA